AUGUGUCAAGGAAGUAUUUGCAGUAUUUGUCACCAUAAAUCAUGGGUCGGUUGUGGUAAACAUAUCGCAUUGGUCAUGGACAACACUCCAAGAGAAAAUUGGUGUACUUGUGAUCAUGUUGAUAACGAAAGUGAUUUAAAUUAUCCACCAAGGGCUUCAACAGGUUUUGCUAAAAAGACAACUCCAUGA